GAAACCUUUCUAUGUAGCGCUGUGAAUGUGUGAAAUAUUAAGUCCCGUGGAGGCGUUUCUGGGCGAUGCAACUACCUCACUAUGCACGGACGACGUGGUGGCGCCUGCUUAUUCUGCGCAUCGACACAUGCCUGACCGGUUCGACGACGCGCGAUGCCGCCUCUGCCAGCAUGUCACCGAGACGGCAGUAGACCAUUUUUUCUUUACUUGUCCCUCCAAACAACCGCUUUGGCAACGCAUGCUCCGACACCAUCAUUGCUCCUAUAAUUUUCAAGAGCUCAAUGCUUAUUGCCACACGCUCGAUCCACCUCGGUCCAAGACCACCGCCACGAUCCCACCACACACGAUCAUCAUCGCCGUCCACCUCAUCUGGGCAUCACAUUGGCGAUAUAUAUUUGAUGAUACACCUUUUGAUGCCAGCCGCAUCUACAAUAUGAUCUCGACAAAGGUACAGGAGGCUGCCGGCAAGUUCACCUGGGGACUAUGAUAGGGAAAUCGAUGUAAAUCACUUGAGACAUAGCUUGAAGACGACGAUAUAGCUAAUUAGCAUACACCCUAAUGUUGAAGCUGUUGGAAACUGUAUCGCUGAACUAGUGGUGGCUCUCCUUCUCUUGCUUUCUCUCUCUCUUUCUCUCUUUCAAUAGAGCUUCAAAAAGGCUGACCGCGUUCACCUUGCAUGCAGAAAUAACGAGCAAAAAGGUCAGUGAGCGGUUUUCUGCAUCUCACGAUGCGCGCACCCAAGGCAAGACAAGACCUUUCUUUUGUAAAAGCUAGACUAGCUAUGAUAUCCGCAAUUGUGAUGUAAUAGUCGUAGCUCCCCCUUCCAUCUCUCCCAUCUUCCCCCCCCCCAAUCAGUAGUACAGCCCCUAUUUCUUAUCAGAGCAGUAUCUAUCAAUAAACAUUGGUUAAUUACACCCGUGACAAUCACAUGCGAUACUGCAUAUCAGAG